AUGGCUGCACACUGGUGGCUCCUCCGCGCAAUCCAAUCCUUCGAAGACCACAUCGUCGCAUCCAUCCUCCGCCAACCAGGUUUCCACCGCGCAGUAACCCGCAUCCACAAAACCAUCCACGAGAAGCAACACGGGCGAAAUCCGCACGAGCCACUAGCACCCGGCGAAGCGACCGCCGAUCCGAACUCGUCGAGUAGGAAUUCACAGUUUGCAAAGCAUUUUCUUGAUGAGUUGAAGAAUCAGUUUAGAGGGAAGCCGACGGAUUUGAAGUGA